AUGAAUUGCGAGAAUAAAUUGGCAAAUGUCAGUGAAGUGGUUUUCCAGCCUCCGCCACCACGUAGCGUAGACUGUGAAAAGGUGGCCGUUAAACGACCACCUACAAGGAAGCCGAAAGAAUCUCCUCGAUUAGUGGUGGCCGAGAAAAAAAAUUUAAACGGUGACGACAAUUGUCAAAAUGUAACGGUCAAAUUUCAAUUUAACGGUAAUCAGGUGGUAGCGCAAACCUAUCCAAUAUGUAUAACUAUAGGCGAAAUCAAGACUGAUCUGGCUCGACGAUUUGAUGUGGAUACCGAUUUAUUGAUUUUGAGUCAAUGCAGUCGCGUCCAGUCUGACGAGUGCGUCUUAAGCGAAGCGUCCAUUAAUGAAUUCCGCAUAUACGAGUUUGAUUUAAAAUUAAAAGCGAGGAAGAAGCAGAAAAAUGUCGAAAAGGAUGAAAGACAUGAAGACCAUGAGCCCGUAUUAGAUUUUGAUGUCUAUUACAGUAAACAUCGUUUACCAGAUUUUAUAACCAUUUGCAUGGAGAAAAAUGAGGAGAUAUGCCAUAUACCGGUUGCAAUACAUGAUGAGGCUAUUAUAAAGCCCACCCUUUGCAGUUACGUCGACAAAGCGACUGGCUUAGUGUAUACGGAUGCUUUUACUCAAACGGGACCACUAUUCGAUAAACAAAAGUAUGAAAAUUAUAUCUCUCGUAAUACGCAGACUAAGGAAAUUGUAACUAAGCAAAUUGAUACAAUGCACGAUCAAACUGCUCAAUGCUUUUUAGACGGAAAUAAUGUUCGACACUGGAUUGAGAGCGAUGAUUACUAUAUCACACCUGGAAAAUAUCAGACGUACGCUCAGAAAAUGCGUGCGGAAAGGAAAAUGCACAAAAUAAUAUUAAUACAAAGGAAUUUUCGCCGUUUUAAGUGGCAGCGUUGGAUGAGAGAAUGCGCCUGUGAAUACAGGCGAUUGGUUGCGAAUCGUAUUAAUGAAGAAGAGGCUUUCAAAAAGGAACAGGAGAACCGCAUAAGUCGUGAGCAGAGAGCCAAGCAAUUUCCACGCACCAAAAAUGAUUUCGAUAUGCUCUUGGGCGAAGUUCAGAAAUGGAAAACUGCUGAAAUGAAACGCAUAAAUAACAUGUACGAGGGUGCUCCCCGAAUAGCUGAAAUCAACAUUUUAUUAAACAAAGAAAUUGAAAUGCUUAAUAACCUCGAAUGUCAACGCAACUUGGCCUACAAAUCAAUGGAAGAUGCUCGUCAGCAGCAGCUGUUUAAAAAAAUGGGUGAACCAAUCAAAUGGAUCGGCUAUGCCGACACGGUUAUUCAUUUGGAUUUGCUGCGUACUCAAAGAGUUCGUUUUCUAAAUGGCAUUUACAAUGACUUAUGCCAGGAUUUACCUAAAGAAGAACGCCUGCAACUGAUUGAUAAGGUUCGUGCUCUACUAUUAAACGAGCAAUGUUUUCCUGAAUUUCCCGAGCUCUUUGAAUUACUUGAUCGCGAAAGAAAUUUACUCAUUUACACGGCCUGCGCCGAUGUUUCCAUACUACGUAAACGUCAAAAUAUUUUGUUUAUCGAAUUGAUCAAAUUCACCGAAGAGCCACAGCCGAAAAGACAAGAUAAUCGGAUGUGUGUAGUAUGCAAACUGGUGAAACCGUAUUCCAAAUUUGCCAUACGCACCCGGCAAUUUCAAGUUGAUACAUGCAAAAAAUGUUUUUAUUUAAAGGUUUCUCCAGCUGAAAAUUUAGUUUAUACCUCAAUUCUUCGAUCCAUACAAAGAGAAGAGCGCAGGAAACGGUGCAAUGGUUCGUUUGCCUUUAUAUUGCAAAUGGAGGAUAUACGUUACUUAAUUAGGGAGGUGUGGCAUGGGCAUUCUAUACUCAGUAAAUGUGAAAAUCUACAAAGACUACGUCUACCGCGUUGGUGUAAAAAUGAAGAAUGGUCACCGUGGAAUUGUGUUUGCUUAACAGAAAACGAAGCACGGAAUCACUACAGAAUAAACGAUUUGGAAAAGACUUACGAUAAAAAAUUGGUAUUGGAAGUUGGCAAUCGUCAGAAAUUGGCUCGUAGUGCAUUCCAUAAUUUGGCCGCCGUGUCUACCGAAUUUACCGAAACAGGAACUUGGUGGAAGGUGGGCUUGAAUCAUCAACGCAUCGUUAAAUUAGACGAUAUUACCACGUAUAAAGGGGCUGAUACUUUACUUCAACGUAAAUUAGAUGAUAGAAAUUAUAGAAUUGGCAAAAUUCUUUAAGUUCACAUAAAAAUUGUUAUAAGUGGUCUGAUGAUUUCACAAAGGUUUUUCUUAUAAUUCUCAUAAUUUUUGUACUACGCGAAUCUCAUAAGCCUUUUUUUAGGAUUUGGUAAAUAAAUCGAAAU